GAAGCAUUUGACUUCGACGAGCCUAAUGCCAUACGAUCACCUUGCCAUAUCUAUUCUCUGACGGAUCAUCGAGCCUUGAAGGCCAUGCCCGGGCGAUCCAGCAGUCCAAAGAUGGGCAGGGAUGAGCGAGAACAAAACAUGAGAGCCUGUUUAGCAGGCGGGACCGUGGUAAUGGCAAGCGACGAUGGUCCUUGAGUGGACGUCGAGCCGUGGAAUGAUCAGUCAGAUGAUCAGCAUUCGUGCUGUGUGGGUUAUGCGAGGAUGGUCCUCGUGGCCAUUGUCGCCGUACUGGCAGGGCAUGUCUUGGUACGAGCAGAAUACCGUGGUUGGUGGUCCAGGAUAAGGACUCCAUUCAUUGAUAGCUGUGAGCCAGCCAUGACCGAUAAUCACAUCUUAUUUUCAAGAUACCGAUGUCCCCUUGACCGGAAUACUGAGUGUCAUUUCCCAACCUUUAAUGACCGUGGCGCUGCGCACCGACGAGGCAUCAGGGAGAUGAUCUGCCGCGGACACGGCAGCCCUAAGGUCUCGGAGGAUUCCCAAACCUGCUUUGCCUGCAGUCAAAUACUGAUGCCAACCUUUGGGAAGUCACCGCCCCCAAUGAUGCCAACCAAGGACCAUCGAGAUUGUGUAGCGCCACGCGUCCAAGCAUGCACUUUUACGUAACGAGGCUGCCCGCACUACUGAUUCUUAAAAGAAGUGUUUAACAGGG